AUUUCUGUUUAUUUUCUGUUUAUUUUCUGUUUAUUUUUGUUUAUUUUCUGUUUAUUUCUGUUUAUUCUCUGUUUAUUUUCUGUUUUUUUAGGAUCUUUCUCCUCCGUCGGCUCUGAACGGUCCACUCCACCCUCGUCUCCCUCGUCUCCCUCGUCUCCAUCACUGAGGUUUUUCUGGGACCAGCUGACCUGUCUUUGUUGGACACUCUCUCGUGUCUCUGUCUUGGAUUUCCUGGUUGGACGUCUCCUAGUUGGAUGGACUGGUGUCUCUGAAGAGGACAUCUCUGUUGGGUUUUUGGACAUUGUCUCGUCAGAGUUUGUCUCCUCAGAAAUGAGCUGUUGGUGUUUUCUGAGCGCGCUCAUUGUCUUCACGCUGCUGUUGUGGGAGGAGUCAGGCUGUGAGGCGAUGACCUUGAACUCAGUCAACCUGCGUCAGAAACCAGGUGAAGGUCAAGUGGGACAAAGAGGAGGAAGAGUGGAGUCCCACCAGAGGAGGAAGAGGAGCUGGGUCUGGAACCAGUUCUUUGUCCUGGAAGAGUACACCGGAGACGAGCCCGUCUACGUGGGGAAGGUCCGAACUCUGAUGGGGGGGGGGUCUCUGAUCCGUUCAAUCAAGCGAAUUUCAAAAUAAAAUACGGGGAGAGCGUCCUCGGUUUUUGUCUUUGGUGCACAGAGAGAAAACUGGACGGGGGUUUGGGUCUUCUGGUCGUUGAGGAUUGUGCUGCCAAUGAAACUCUGCCCCCUUCUGGUUUAAACUGGAACUUUCAUCCCUGAUAUAAACAUACGUGUCGUUUUCCUCUUUAUUUGGUACUAAAGAUUCAAAGACACAGAGAUGGAAAAAGAGAUUUCUGUUCGGAUCACAAGUUCAAAGUCUGAUCGACUUUAUUUUGUUGUAUUUUUUAACUUUUCCACUCAAACAACUUUCCUCAUUUAUAAUAACAAAACACCUUUAAGAGUUCGCCAUCGAUUCAUUUGAACAAAUUUAAAGACUAUAGAGCAUUUUACAAAACAUAUUGAUUUCAUAUAACAAAGUAAUAUCACAAUGUUAUUAUUAUUAUUUCUAUUAUUAUUAUUAAUAUUAAUAUUAUUUGUAUUAUCAAUAUUAUCAUUAUUAGUAUUAUUAUUAUUAAUAUAAUUUUUAAUAUUAUUAUUAAUAUUAAUAUUAUUUGUAUUAUUAAUAUUAUCAUUAUCAUUAUAAUAUUUGAAAUUAUUAUUAUUUUUAUUAUUAUUAUUAAUAUUAAUAUUAUUUGCAUUAUUAAUAUUAUCAUUAUCAUUAUAAAAUUUGAUAUUAUUAUUAUUAUUAUUAUUAUUAUUAAUAUUAAUAUUAUUUGUAUUAUUAAUAUUAUCAUUAUUAUUAUUAUUAUUAUUAUUAUUAUUAAUAAUAUAAUUUUUGAUAUGAUUAAUAUUAUUUUUAUUAUUAUUAUUAAUAUUAUUGUUAUCAUUUUCAUUAUUAUUAUUUUUAUUAUUAUUAUUAAUAUUAUUGUUAUCAUUAUUAUUAUUAUUAUUAUUAUUAUUAAUAUUAAUAUCAUUUGUAUUAUUAAUAUUAUCAUUAUAAUAUUUGAUAUUAUUAUUAUUAUUAAUAUUAAUAUUAUUUGUAUUAUUAAUAUUAUCAUUAUUUUUAUUAUUUUUGAUAUUAUUAUUAUUUUUAUUAUUAUUAAUAUUUAAUAUAAUAUUAUUUGUAUUAUUAAUAUUAUCAUUAUUAUUAUGAUUUUUGAUAUUAUUAUUAUUUUUAUUAUUAUUAUUAAUAUUAAUAUUGUUUGUAUUAUUAAUAUUAUCAUUAUCAUUAUAAUAUUUGAUAUUAUUAUUAUUAAUAUUAAUAUUAAUAUUAUUUGUAUUAUUAAUAUCAUCAUUGUGGUGGUCGUUAUUUCUCUGCUCAGGGUUCGGUGGUAGAAUGAAAUAGUCUGAGCUCUAAAAUGAGUCCCGCUCUAGUCCUGGUUUUAAAUUAUUUUCCGAUCUAAACGACUGAAUUUUGUUUCUGCAGCUUCACUCCGACGUCGAUAAAGGUGACAGACAGGUCAGGUAUGUCCUUACUGGAGAGGGAGCGAUGUCCAUCUUCACUAUAGACGAGGACACUGGAGACAUUCACGCCACCAAGAGGCUGGAUCGGGAACAGCAGGCGUUUUUCACUCUGAGAGCUCAUGCCAGGGACCGCAGGACGGACCAGCUGAUUGAACCCGAGUCUCAGUUCAUCAUCAAAGUUCAAGACAUCAACGACAACGAGCCCAAGUUCCUGGAUGGGCCGUACACAGCCAGGGUACCUGAGCGGUCUCCUGUAGGUGAGUCUGACACCUGUGGACCCAACGUUCAGGUCAGUGCAGUCUGUGUAACACCAACAACUCAAGCAACAAUACACAAAACUGACAGAGUCUUAACGGGUUAGUGUCAACAUCAGAAACUGAACAGAAGACGAUCAACGGCGAGACCGCGACCAUCUUUACCGUCAAAGUCUGUGAAAGACGGAGAAACGAAAAAGAAACAACAGUGAAAUAAAGAGAAGGACGUUCGGAGCGAGAGCGAAGGAAACGGGAGAGCGAAGAUAUCCACAACAUCUGGAAUCUAUCCGCUCUAUGUCUAUAAUCCAAGGAGGGGGGGAGGGAGGGAGGAAGGGAGGAGAGAGGGAGGGUAGGAAGGGAGGAGGGAGGGAAGGAAACAGGAGAGCGAAGAUAUCCACAACAUCUGGAAUCUUUCCGCUCUAUGUCUAUAAUAGAAGGAGGGAGGGAAGGAAGGGAGGAGGGAGGGAGGGAGGGAAGGAAGGGAAGGGAGGAGAGAGGGAGGGAGGGAGGGAGGAGGGAGGGAGGGAAGGAAGGCAGGGGAGCGUUAAUGUAUGAAGAAAAGGUGGAAAGACUUUUAUUUCUGAAGGUCAGACUGAAGGUCAGACUUUUAUUGUGAAGGUCAGACUUUUAUUGUGAAGGUCAGAGCUCAAUGAUGAGGGCACAGCAGGUGACAGAGAAACUGACAUUCGAUUGGUCAGUUGAAUGACGUCUGACUCGAGUUCGGAUGGCGUGCGUUUGUUCAGGUACGUCUGUGGUGACGGUGGUGGCGACUGACGACGACGACCCGACGUACGGGAACUCUGCCAGACUGGUUUACAGCCUGAUCCAGGGUCAGCCUCAUUUCACUGUGGAGCCACACACAGGUGAGGACACACCUUCACGUCUGUCUAUGUCACCUGACCACGUGUUUUUUGAAGGUCUCUUUGACCCGGGUCUCACCUGUCCCACAGGUAUGGUGCUGACCGCUCUACCAGACAUGGACCGGGAGACUCGAGACCGGUACCUGCUGGUAGUCCAGGCCAAAGACAUGAUUGGUCAGAUGGGAUGUCUCUCAGGAACGACCUCUGUGACUGUGAUGCUGACUGACGUCAACGAUAACCCGCCUCGCUUCCCUCGCAGUGAGUCUGAUGACCUCUGACCUUUAGAAAUGACAUCAUGUGAGGUCAUGUUUUGUGUACCUUUGUGUGUGUGUCUGUGUGUAUUUGUUCUAGAGAGUUACCAGUUCAGGGUUCCAGAGUCGGCUCCGGUCUCAUCGGUGGUCGGAAGGAUCCGAGCUCUGGAUCUGGAUGUGGGUCUAAACGCUGAGCUGGACUACAGAGUCCUGGAUGGAGACGGUCUGGGAACUUUCCGGAUAGUCAGUGACCCGAACACCCAAGAGGGACUGGUCACCCUGCAGAAGGUACUGGACACCUCCCAGUAUGAGGAGCCAAACUAAGCAAAGUUCAGACCGGACUCGUACUGGGGAUGUCCUCUUUAGGGUUCAGAAGAGUUCUUCUUCUGUGGGAGGGGACUGGUUUAAUGGGAGUAGAUACUGGUUUAAUGGGAGAUACUGGUUUAAUGGGAGUAGAUACUGGUUUAAUGGUAGAUACUGGUUUAAUGGUAGUAGAUACUGGUUUAAUGGGAGAUACUGGUUUAAUGGUAUUAGAUACUGGUUUAAUAGUAGAUACUGGUUUAAUGGUAGUAGAUACUGGUUUAAUGGUAGAUACUGGUUUAAUGGUAGUAGAUACUGGUUUAAUGGUAGUAGAUACUGGUUUAAUGGUAGAUACUGGUUUAAUGGUAGUAGAUACUGGUUUAAUGGUAGUAGAUACUGGUUUAAUGGUAGAUACUGGUUUAAUGGUAGUAGAUACUGGUUUAAUGGGAGAUACUGGUUUAAUGGGAGAUACUGGUUUAAUGGUAGUAGAUACUGGUUUAAUGGUAGUAGAUACUGGUUUAAUGGUAGAUACUGGUUUAAUGGUAGUAGAUACUGGUUUAAUGGUAGAUACUGGUUUAAUGGUAUUAGAUACUGGUUUAAUGGUAGUAGAUACUGGUUUAAUGGUAGAUACUGGUUUAAUGGUAGUAGAUACUGGUUUAAUGGUAGUAGAUACUGGUUUAAUGGUAGUAGAUACUGGUUUAAUGGUAGUAGAUACUGGUUUAAUGGUAGAUACUGGUUUAAUGGUAGUAGAUACUGGUUUAAUGGUAGUAGAUACUGGUUUAAUGGUAGAUACUGGUUUAAUGGUAGUAGACACUGGUUUAAUGGUAGUAGAUACUGGUUUAAUGGUAGAUACUGGUUUAAUGGUAGUAGAUACUGGUUUAAUGGGAGAUACUGGUUUAAUGGGAGAUACUGGUUUAAUGGUAGUAGAUACUGGUUUAAUGGUAGUAGAUACUGGUUUAAUGGUAGAUACUGGUUUAAUGGUAGUAGAUACUGGUUUAAUGGUAAUAGAUACUGGUUUAAUGGUAGUAGAUACUGGUUUAAUGGUAGAUACUGGUUUAAUGGUAGUAGAUACUGGUUUAAUGGUAGUAGAUACUGGUUUAAUGGUAGUAGAUACUGGUUUAAUGGUAGUAGAUACUGGUUUAAUGGUAGUAGAUACUGGUUUAAUGGUGUUGAUACUGGUUUAAUGGUAGAUACUGUUUUUUUUUGUUGAUGUGGAGUUUCUAGCAUCAGAUUCUUGUUUUCUUCGUAUCAGACCCGGUUUUGUUGCAGCAGGUCGGUUCUGGUUGGAUGAACCUGUUUGGGGACAAAUGUUUGUGUCUGGUUCUGGUUCUGCUGUCUCUUGAUCCUCUCAGACUGAAGUUAAUCGGAUUUGAGGGAUUUUGACGCUCUCUGAACACGCUCUCUGAACACGCUCUGAUCCUCGCUGUGUUUAAUCGCUGCAUUAGAGCUCUGAGCUCCAGCAGAUCUUUGGAUUAGUGACCCAGAGGAGAAUCAUCUGCUGCUGCUGAACAGCCGAUGAAGAUGAUGAUGAUGAUGAUGAAGAUGAUGAUGAUGAUGAUCCCCACAGGCUGAAUGUUUUCAGGUUCAUGUCAGUGAUGCAGAGACUAAUGAAGCCGUCUUUGGUUCUGAAGGAAACCUCUGAGAACCUUCAGAUCAGGUCUGAAGGACUGUUCAGGUUCAUGACUUCAUUAAGAUCAAACUGGUUUGUUCCUCCAUCAGGCUUUGGACUUUGAGAGCAAGUCCAGUUACAUGUUGCGUGUGGAGGCAUCCAACCACGUGGUCGACGCCCGUUUCCUGUCCAUGGGGCCUUUCAGGGACGUCGCUGAAGUCCGUCUGCUGGUGGAGAAUGUGAACGAGCCGCCGGUCUUCUCCUCCUCCGUCAGCCGGAUGGAGGUCUCUGAGGCGGCAGCAGUGGGAUCUAAAGUGGGGUCAGUUUCAGCUCGAGACCCUGACCACAUCAGCAGCCCUGUCAGGUAUAUGCACACUGUAACCCAGAACCAGAACCAGUUAUAGUCCAGAACAGCUGAUCUGAAUCCGCUCAAUCGACCUGCAGGUACUCCAUCGACAGGAAGUCUGAUGUUGGGCGUUACUUCAGCAUCGACAGUCUCUCAGGACUGAUCUUCACAGCCCGACCGCUGGACCGAGAGACCGUCACUGAACACAACAUCAGCGUGUCGGCCACCGAGAUCUGUGAGUCGGAACCGUAGAACCAGCUAACCCACCUUCAGACCAGAACCAGAACACGAGCCAGACCUCUAAGACUCCAGACCUUUAAACACUGAACUAACCCCCAACAAUGACGAACCCCAACAACCAAUCAGCUGCCAGUCUGAGCAGAAAUCAGCGAGUUUUUUUUGUUGUUCUGGAUUAUUGUCGUCAUGUUUUUAUGUCGUAUUAAUCGAACACGUUUUAACGUUAACAUUAAAGUAGAUCGGAUUUAUUACAUCGAACACCUUCAAUGGGAACGUCGCCACCACUAAGAUGGCUGCCACGUAGGCACGCAGCUCAAAGGGGCGUGUCCUUUCUACUGUUCAUAACGAUGGCGGUCUCUUUCAUAACGCUAAGCUAACUGCUGUCUGUCAGAGAGGAAGUGAAGAAAAGCAGAUGAAAAAAGGCUUUUAUUUUGGUGACUUCCUGUCUAAGACCAGCUCUCAGGUGUGUCUCUGUGUCUCAGUGGACUUGUCUCAGGUGGGGAAAGCUGUGGUUCUGAUCUCUGUGAAGGACGUCAACGACAACGCUCCGAGAUUCGCCGACAACUACAAAACAUUUGUGUGUGAGAACGCCGAACCGGGACAGGUGAGAGUUUUUAACUCCAAAUAUCCUGAAAUUAUAGAUAAUCAUAUAGAUUUAUACUAUAGAUAUAAUCAAUGAUCAUAUUGAUCAUGACAGUCAUCCUCUGAGUCGUCAAUAACCUCCUUAUCUUCAGAUUUGAACGCUCUGAUUGGUUCUUCUUCUCUGGUUAUCGUCAACGCUCCGGUUAGUUUGUUUGGCGUCACAUCAGAGCCGACGAGUGACUGUGACCUUUGACCUUCAAAUGUAUUUCCUGUUUGAUCGUCUUUAAUCCGUUAAAAUCCUGAUCAGAGUCCAAAUCCUCCAUCACUGCGGCGCUAAUCUCUGAACUGUGUUUAAACACGGACUGUCCUCCUCCGUCCCCGUCCUCUUCUUCCUGUCCCACAGUUGUCCCUGUCCUCCUCUUCUUCCUGUCCCACAGUUGUCCCUGUCCUCCUCUUCUUCCUGUCCCACAGUUGUCCCUGUCCUCCUCUCCUUCCUGUCCCACAGUUGUCCCCUUCCUCCUCUCCUUCCUGUCCCACAGUUGUCCCCGUCCUCCUCUUCUUCCUGUCCCACAGUUGUCCCUGUCCUCCUCUCCUUCCUGUCCCACAGUUGUCCCUGUCCUCUUCUUCCUGUCCCACAUUUGUCCCUGUCCUCCUCUUCUUCCUGUCCCACAGUUGUCCCUGUCCCCCUCUUCUUCUUCCUGUCCCACAGUUGUCCCUGUCCUCCUCUUCUUCCUCUCCCACAUUUGUCCCCGUCCUCUUCUUCCUGUCCCACAGUUCUCCCUGUCCUCCUCUUCUUCCUGUCCCACAGUUGUCCCCGUCCUCUCCUUCCUCUCCCACAGUUGUCCCUGUCCUCCUCUUCUUCCUGUCCCACAGUUGUCCCUGUCCUCCUCUUCUUCCUGUCCCACAGUUGUCCCUGUCCCCCUCUUCUUCUUCCUGUCCCACUGUUGUCCCCGUCCUCCUCUUCCUUCUCUCCCACAGUUGUCCUCUUCUUCUCCUUCCUGUCCCACAGUUGUCCCUGUCCUCCUCUCCUUCCUGUCCCACAUUUGUCCCCCUCCUCUUCUUCCUGUCCCACAGUUGUCCCUGUCCUCUUCUUCCUGUCCCACAGUUGUCCCUGUCCUCCUCUUCUUCCUGUCCCACAGUUGUCCCUGUCCUCUUCUUCCUGUCCCACAGUUGUCCCUGUCCUCCUCUUCUUCCUGUUCCACAGUUGUCCCUGUCCUCCUCUUCUUCCUGUCCCACAGUUGUCCCUGUCCUCCUCUUCUUCCUGUUCCACAGUUGUCCCCGUCCUCCUCUUCUUCCUGUCCCACAGUUGUCCCUGUCCUCCUCUUCUUCCUGUCCCACAGUUGUCCCUGUCCUCCUCUUCUUCCUGUCCCACAGUUGUCCCUGUCCUCCUCUUCUUCCUCUCCCACAUUUGUCCCCGUCCUCUUCUUCCUGUCCCACAGUUCUCCCUGUCCUCCUCUUCUUCCUGUCCCACAGUUGUCCCCGUCCUCUCCUUCCUCUCCCACAGUUGUCCCUGUCCUCCUCUUCUUCCUGUCCCACAGUUGUCCCUGUCCUCCUCUUCUUCCUGUCCCACAGUUGUCCCCGUCCUCUUCUUCCUGUCCCACAGUUGUCCCCGUCCUCUUCUUCCUGUCCCACAGUUGUCCCUGUCCUCUUCUUCCUGUCCCACAGUUGUCCCUGUCCUCCACUCCUUCCUGUCCCACAGUUGUCCCCGUCCUCUUCUUCCUGUCCCACAGUUGUCCCCGUCCUCUCCUUCCUGUCCCACAGUUGUCCUCUUCUUCUCCUUCCUGUCCCACAGUUGUCCCCGUCCUCUUCUUCCUGUCCCACAGUUGUCCCCGUCCUCCUCUCCUUCCUGUCCCACAGUUGUCCUCUUCUUCUCCUUCCUGUCCCACAGUUGUCCUCUCCUUCUUCUUCCUGUCCCACAGUUGUCCCUGUCCUCCUCUCCUUCCUGUCCCACAGUUGUCCCUGUCCUCCUCUUCUUCUUCCUGUCCCACUGUUGUCCCUGUCCUCUCCUUCCUGUCUCACAGUUGUCCCUGUCCUCCUCUUCUCCUUCCUGUCCCACAGUUGUCCCUGUCCUCCUCUCCUUCCUGUCCCACAGUUGUCCUCUUCUUCUUCUUCCUGUCCCACAGUUGUCCUCUUCUUCUUCUCCCUGUCCCACAGUUGUCCCUGUCCUCCUCUUCUUCCUGUCCCACAGUUGUCCUCUUCUUCUUCUUCCUGUCCCACAGUUGUCCCUGUCCUCUUCUUCCUGUCCCACAGUUGUCCCUGUCCUCCUCUUCUUCCUGUCCCACAGUUGUCCCUGUCCUCCUCUCCUUCCUGUCCCACAGUUGUCCCUGUCCUCUUCUUCUUCUUCCUGUCCCACAGUUGUCCCUGUCCUCUUCUUCCUGUCCCACAGUUGUCCCUGUCCUCCUCUCCUUCCUGUCCCACAGUUGUCCCUGUCCUCCUCUUCUUCCUGUCCCACAGUUGUCCCCGUCCUCUUCUUCCUGUCCCACAGUUGUCCCUGUCCUCUUCUUCUUCCUGUCCCAUAGUUGUCCCUGUCCUCCUCUCCUUCCUGUCCCACAGUUGUCCCUGUCCUCCUCUUCUUCCUGUCCCACAGUUGUCCCCGUCCUCGUCUUCACGCCCUCCUGUUGUCUCGUUGAUCUCGCUCAGUGAAAGUUUAAUCCACUCAGAAUGAAGACACGUCCUCAGGGACCUUCUGUCCUUUUUGACCUUUGACCCCUCAGGUUAUUGAGACCCUGAGCGCUGUGGAUCCAGAUGACCCGGUUAAUGGACAUCACUUCCUGUUCUCCCUGAGCGGGGACACCACAGAAAACCUGAACUUUACCCUCCAAGACCACAAAGGUAAGACCUCCUGCAGGUGAAGAGAGCAAAGAGCGCCACCUACAGAUACCAGAACCUCCAGCAGUUCUGAUCAUUAAAAAGAAUCCAGUCCACCUGAAGAACCCGGACCUCUGGAGUCGGUCUGAAGUCCAGACUGCGUCGAUGUUUCGCUCCGCCUUCGUCAUCUUCUCCUGAUUUCACUUUCAUGACGUCUUGAUGCUCAGAGUCGUUCAUGACGUCACGAUUUCCGUCUCUGUCCGCAGACAACACGGCGUCGAUCCUCACUCGGCGGGCCGGUUUCUCCAGACAAGAUCAGCCGGUGCACUUCCUGUCUGUAGUGAUCUCAGACGGCGGUGAACCCGCCCUCAGCAGCACCAACACGCUGUCAGUCACCGUCUGUGACUGUGAAAGACUCAGAGAUCACCUGUCCUGCAUCCAGGAGGGGUCACCGCAGCUGGAGGUCAGCCACAACACACCUGCCGCCGCCGCCGCCGCCGCCGCCGCCGCCGCCGCCGCCGCCGCAGUCCUCACCUGUGUCCUCACUGUGCUGGGUAAGUCCAGAGCUGGAUUUCACUGAGAACCUCAAACACACCUGAAAAAAAGAAACGACAGCGAAACACGAGCAGGAUGUAAACUGGGAACUCCAGGAACCGCCCACGACACCUGUGCGGCGUUUGAGUCAGAGGUCAGAGGUCAGAAGUCCGAGCUGAAAAUGAGCGUUUCAGUGACCAAGUCGGGAAAAAAGCAAAAUCUGAGGCGUGAAAUAAGAUGGCUACGUCUACGAAAGUGAUGUUAGCGCUCGCCUAAUAAUCAGACAGGGCCGUCUGACCUCCGAAGUAACCUGAACGCAAAAAUUAAUCAAGUAUUUUCUGAUUGGUCAGCCUUUCCUCCUUGUUUUUUUUCCAGGCGUUGUCACGGUAACUGCUGCUGCUGUAAGACACAGGUGGGUGGAGCCUACGAUGACAGAUGAGCAGCAGGAUAUCUGUGAGAACAUCGUUCGUUACGAUGAUGAAGGUGGAGGUGAGGAGGACACCGAGGCCUUCGACCUGUCCACCCUGAGACACCUCCACCAGAACUCCGUCACAGACCCACUCCUCUCACACACACCUGAGGACCGUUCAGGCCGAGACGGGCUUUUUCAGAACUUUAUCCAGAACAGACUGCAGGAGGCCGACUUUGACCUGACAGCGCCCCCUUAUGACUCCCUGCAGACCUUCGCCUUGGAGGGCAGCGAGUCGGCGGCGGCCGAGUCCCUCAGUUCCUUUAGUUCCUUUAGUUCCUUUAGUUCCUUUGGUUCUCUGAACUCUCGGAGGUCUUCAGAGUCCGGGCAGAAGUUUGACUUCUUAAGGUCAUGGGGACCAAAGUUCAAGAAACUCGCAGCCCUCUAUGAACAACAUCAGGGGGGGGGGCAAUCGCCAUAG